AUGUCGUGUUCAUCCUCAUCUGGAUCAGAAGAAGACGAUGAGGGUUUCGAUGCUUACCGUAAAGGUGGAUAUCACGCCGUGAGAAUCGGGGACCAGUUUUCCGGUGGCCGUUACAUUGCUCAGAGAAAGCUUGGUUGGGGUCAAUUCUCCACCGUUUGGCUAGCCUUUGAUACGCGCACCUCUAAUUAUGUUGCUUUGAAGAUUCAGAAGAGCGCCCAACAGUUUGCUCAAGCUGCACUUCACGAGAUCGAACUUCUUCAAGCUGCUGCUGAUGGGGAUCCUCAAAAUACUAAAUGUGUUGUUCGUCUUAUCGAUGAUUUCAAGCACGCAGGUCCCAACGGGCAGCAUUUAUGCAUGGUGCUUGAGUUUCUUGGCGAUAGCUUGCUCCGCUUAAUCAGAUAUAACCGUUACAGAGGGAUGGAGUUGAAUAAAGUACGGGAGAUAUGCAAAUGUAUACUGACUGGUCUAGAUUAUUUGCAUCGUGAACUCGGUAUGAUUCACUCCGACUUAAAACCCGAAAACAUUCUUCUUUGUUCCAGCAUUGACCCUGCCAAGGAUCCCAUCAGAUCCGGACUAACACCGAUACUAGAAAAGCCAGAGGGAAACCAAAACGGUGCAGCAACCUUGAAUCUGAUUGAGAAGAAGUUGAAGAGGAGAGCAAGAAGAGCGGUUGCUAAAAUAUCAGGAAGAAGAGUUUCCAUAGUAGGUUUAAGUGAAACACCGAAAAAGACCAAGAGAAAUUUGGAUGGGAUUGAUAUGAGGUGCAAAGUUGUAGACUUUGGGAACGCUUGUUGGGAUGAUAACAAAUUUGCAGAAGAAAUACAAACAAGACAGUACAGAGCGCCUGAAGUAAUACUUCAAUCAGGCUACUCUUUCUCGGUUGAUAUGUGGUCUUUCGCUUGCACUGCUUUCGAGCUUGCCACAGGCGAAAUGCUUUUUGCUCCAAAAGAUGGAAAUGGUUAUGGAGAAGACGAGGACCACCUUGCUCUUAUGAUGGAACUCUUAGGAAAAAUGCCUCGGAAGAUUGCCAUUGGAGGUGCGAGAUCAAAGGAUUACUUUGAUAGACACGGCGACCUAAAGAGGAUCCGGAGAUUGAAAUAUUGGCCACUCGACCGUUUACUGACUGAUAAAUACAAGCUCCCUGAAGCAGAAGCACGGGAAUUUGCGGAUUUUCUUUGCCCGAUUCUUGAUUUUGCGCCUGAGAAACGACCUACUGCUCAACAGUGCCUGCAACAUCCAUGGCUGAAUCUCAGGACACAGAACAAUGAAGAUCAUAUAGAAGGUCGGAUGAGUAACUUGCAGAUCGAUGGUUGA